AUGGAGAAGUCUCAAGUCGACCACGUUGAAGGCCUUGAGCCCCAGGUUUGCCGUGAGGAAGCGUCAUGGGCAAAACUAAUCCCAGGUGGAUACUCCCCUUCUCGAUGCAUGAAGCUUCGUGGCCGACCCAUGAUAAAUGCCAUUUUGCUUCUCGCCGGCACCUCGAUCAUGUUCUUUGGUUACGACUCCUCAUGCAUGAGCCAAGUCGAUACAAAUGCCAACUACUUGCGAUAUAUGGGGACCGACUCGGGCUCGGCACGCGAUUCUGCUGCGGUAGGAAGAUUGGUCAGUCUUUGGUUCGGGGGGUUUGGCAUAGGUGCAAUUCUUGUCGGUUGCCUUGCAGAUGAAAUCGGUCGGCUGAAGUGCAUACAACUCGGUUGUAUUUGGGCUAUUGUUGGUUGUGCGCUUCAGGCAUCUGCGCAGAACUUUACUUGGAUGGCCUUCGCACGUAUCAUUGGAGGUGUUGGGUGUGGACAUUUGAAUACCAUUGUGCCAAUUUGGACAUCGGAGUUAGCCGACUCUCGUGAUCGCGGUGCAUUUGUCGCUGUGCAGUUUACUUUGGCUCUUACAGGAGGUACUAUUGUGUAUUGGACAGAAUAUGCAUGUCUCAAGACGCAAAGUCUUGCAUUCGCAUGGCGCUUUCCCCUCGCCUUACAACUCAUUUUCCUGUUCUUCAUCCUCUUCGCAACCCCGUUCUACCCCGAGUCGCCUCGUCAUUUAGUCAGAAUAGGUCGAGUCUCAGAAGCACGGGAUAUAAUGACAAGGACACGCAGACACACAGUGGAAACAGAGAUCGAGCGCGAGUUGGCAGAGAUCGUUGCAGCGAUUCGCCUCGAAGCCAAUGAGCCCCCACCUUCGAUGUGGAAAACAUUCACCACUCGCGAUAAACUGCAUACGCGACGCCGGAUCAUGCUAGGUGCAGGUGUUCAAAUUAUGCAGAAGUUUACUGGCAUUGACUUUAUCUCUACCUAUGCGCCGGAAAUGUUUUCCUUGGCCGGCUACACGGGUGAUAAGCCUGCUUUACUGGCUGGAGGCAACUUCUUUGGUUACACGGCUAGCUUGGCGCUAGCGAUCUAUCUUUGCGACCGACUGGGUCGUCGUCGGCUGAUGUUGAUAGGGUCCUCUUCCAUGUUUGUGGUGUUGAUUGCAGGCGGGAUCUUGGCCCAUGAAGUAAUUUCCAAGGCUGACACGGACCCCGACUUAUCCUCACGAUGUGGCGCCGGCGUUGCAGCUGUGCUUUAUCUGUACUCUUUCAUAUAUGGAAGCACCUGGCUUACGACUUGCUGGGUUUAUCCAACAGAAAUUUUCCCGCUAGUCAGUCGAGCGAAAGGGACUGCGGCAGCUACAGUGGCAUUUUCUUUGGCGGGUGGAAUAAUCAAUGAGAUUGUUCCGUACCUCAUUAAUGCUGUUUCAUAUUGGGUCUUUAUCAUCUUUGCUCUUUUGAACUUGGUGAUGCUUGUCCCCAUAUAUUUGUUCUAUAUUGAAACGGCCAACCGGCACUUGGAAGACCUCGACUUUCUGUUUGCCCAUGACAGUCCAUUUUUCUGGCAUGCUGAACGUGCUUUCGCGAGUAGAAAGAUCCAGGAAGCUGCCGCCGACGAGAAAUUCAACCAAGGGGGCAUUAUUGCUGAAGGUGAUUUGAAAGUUUAA